GAUAUUUGCGCAUUUCCGGUGAACACCUCGCGAGAUCAAGUUUCCUUGGCAACAGUACACCGUCGUGUUUUCAUGGAGAGGUCUGAGCGACAAAAGAUCCAACUCACAACCAACCAGCCGUACGACGAAAGUUUUGAGGUGAACGCAGAAGAGGCGGCCAGUGUUCACACACCAUCCCCAAGACAGAUCGUGUCCAGGAGGACAGGUAGGCAGAAGCAGAGCACCAUGUCCAGUUAUGCUGGUGAGAAAUUAGAAGAAGACACUAAGAGAAAGAAAGAGCCGCCACCUGGUCCCCGUAGUGCUAAUAAGAAUGAUGAGGAAGAAGAUGAGGAUGAUGAUGAUGACGACGAUGAUGAUGAUUCUGAUGACACAGAAUCUGAUGAGGAGGAAGAGGAGCCAGGAUCUGCUCCAGAAGGUGCUUACGACCCGGCUGAUUACGAGCAUCUUCCUGUGACAGGCGAGAUUAAAGAGCUGUUUCAGUACAUCACAAGAUACACUCCGCAGUCGAUAGAGCUUGACCACAAACUGAAACCCUUUAUCCCCGAUUUCAUCCCAGCUGUGGGGGACAUUGAUGCUUUCCUCAAAGUACCACGACCUGAUGGAAAGCCUGACAAUCUGGGUCUGCUGGUUCUGGAUGAGCCGUGCACUAAACAGUCAGACCCGACCGUGCUUUCCCUGUGGCUCUCAGAGAACAGCAAACAGCACAAUGUCACGGAAGUGAAAGUUAAGAGCAUCGAAAACCCUGAGAAGAACCCUAAAGCUAUAGACAACUGGAUUGAGAGCAUUAGCGAGCUGCAUCGCUCCAAACCUCCAGCUACAGUUCACUACACAAGGCCCAUGCCAGACAUUGACAGCCUGAUGCAAGAGUGGCCAUCUGAAUUUGAGGAACUUCUGGGGAAGGUGAAUCUCCCCACAGCAGACAUUGAUUGCGAUUUGGCAGAGUAUGUUGACAUGAUCUGUGGAAUUCUGGACAUCCCUGUGUACAAGAACCGAAUUCACUCGCUUCAUGUUCUGUUCACGCUCUACUCUGAAUUCAAGAACUCACAGCACUUUAAAUCUGCAACAGAUGGACAAAAAUCUGACACACCACCUGCUUCACGUACUGCCACCGCUGAGAUAGAAAGACUCACUCUGGACUGAGGUCGCCCUCUUGCCCUAUUUUCUUACAUCCUGUUUUGUUCUAAGCCGUUUGUUGAUGCUGCGUUGUGUUAUUACGUCUUAUAUUAUAUGAACUGUUGAUGUUUGGGUUUGAUAGACUGAUAUCUCAUGACAAGGUUGUGAUGUUGUAAUCACUAUAAUUUGAAUAAAAACUUCCCUUUUCAAACUA